CGUGAAAGGACAAUGGCUACUAAGGAACUGUUGUGCUUUCUUUUCGUCUGCUUCUCUGCCUUGGGAAGUGCUACCAACUGUACCCGUCAAAGUGAUUGCUCCGGUAAGAACCGGAACUGUUGUCCUGAUAAAGUAUGUAGACUGCGUUGUAAUGGCUGUGGGCGCAACGACUAUUAUUGUGGAUCGAACGAGAAAUGCUGUGGUAACACGUGUGCUAGAAGUUCCGAUAUUUGUCUCUGUACGCAUGAAUCCAUGUGUGGACGGGGUGAGAUAUGCUGUAAGCACAAAUGCACCAGAAGUUUGUCGUCUUGUUCCUGCACGUCCAAAGACGAAUGUGGAUUGAACGAGGAAUGCUGUAACAGCAUCUGUUCGUAUUCUUGCUGUACGAGCGACAACGAAUGUGGAUGGGGCAAGAAAUGCUGUAAUAGCAAAUGCAUCAGUAGUUCGUCUUCUUGUCAUUCCUGCACGAGCGACUACGAAUGUGGAUCGAGCAAGAAAUGCUGUAAUAGUAAAUGCAUCAGUAGUUCGUCUUCUUGCCAUUCCUGUUCGUCCGACGAACAGUGUGAUAGUGGAGAGGAUUGUUGUGGGGGAGUUUGUUCCACAAACUGUGGUUGGAGCGGCUGGUAUAUUACAGGCGCAGUUAUCGGCACGAUUAUCUUCUUCGUCAUCAUCGUUUCCAUCGUAUCCUGCUGCUUCUGCGCUUGUUGCCCGUUCUACCGCUAUCGUACACCCAGUGCUGCAGUCGGCACAGGUCGACAGCCGCACCAACGAAUGGCCUCAAACCACAUGAUGACGAUGCAACAAGUACAUGCUCCUCCGUCGGUGAACUACAACCAGCCUCCUCCAGAAGGAUACAACCUGCCUCCUCCAGCAGGUUAUAACCAGCUUCCUCCAGCUGGUUAUAACCAGCCUCCUCCAGCUGGUUGCGAUCAGCUUCCUCCAGGAGUCGGUCAAGCUCCUCCGGCCUACUUAAGUUAUCCACCACCAACAAACCAAUAUCCUCCACCGCCGGAACAAGCUCAGCCGGCGCCGAUGCCAGUUAAAAUAAAUGCCAAACAACCGAACGAGAUGUAAUUAAAGUAAUCUGCAAGGUAACUUCUCAGAGCACAUUACUGUUCCUGUGAAAUAAAUAA